UGUGUGUGUGUGUUGAUGGGUGUGUGUGUGUGUGUGUUGAUGGGUUGUGUGUGUGUGUGUUGAUGGGUUGUGUGUGUGUGUGUUGAUGGGUUGUGUGUGUGUGUUGAUGGGUCGUGUGUGUUGAUGGGUCGUGUGUGUGUGUUGAUGGGUCGUGUGUGUUGAUGGGUCGUGUGUGUGUGUUGAUGGGUCGUGUGUGUGUGUGUUGAUGGGUCGUGUGUGUGUGUUGAUGGGUCGUGUGUGUGUGUUGAUGGGUUGUGUGUGUGUGUCGUCAGGCGCUGAAGCAGUUGAAGACAGCAGAGUUCAUGCCGUUUGUGGUGUUUGUUGCUGCUCCACAACUGGACACACUAAGAGCUAUGCACAAAGCCGUGGUGGACGCUGGACUCACCACCAAACUGCUCACGGAGACAGAUCUGAAGAAGACGGUGGAUGAGAGCGCCAGGAUCCGCCGGGCCUACAGCCACUACUUUGACCUGACCAUCGUUAACGACAACCUGGACAAGGCCUUUGAGCAGCUGCAGGUGGCCGUGGAGCAGCUGUGUUCUGAGCCCCAGUGGGUCCCUGUCAGCUGGGUGUACUGAGAGACACAGCCUGGUUAGGCUGCUCCCUACUGGGCUGGAGGACACGCCGCCCACUGCUGGGCCCAGGAGCACAUGGAGACUUGGAAGAGGUUGUCCCUAACCACCACGGUCGGGGUCAAUUUUAAUUCUGGAAUUUGAGGAAGUAGAUGAACUACAAUUCCACAUUUUUCCCAUUGAAGAAAAGUGGAAUGUCAGUGAACUUCCUAAAUUGACUGAAUUGAAAUGGAAUUGACCCAUACAGGGAUGUGAGAGCUAAGGACCCAUUGAGACUUAUGUUUGUAUGGGACUUUACCAUGCAGCCCCAGUGGAGCCUAGCCUCACCCUGUCUAGCACCACCCCGCCUAGCCUCACCUAGCCUAGCCUCACCUAGCCUAGCCCCACCCCACCUAGCCUCACCUAGCCUAGCCCCACCCCACCUAGCCUCACCUAGCCUCACCUAGCCCCACCCCACCUAGCCUCACCUAGCCCCACCCUGCCUAGCCCCACCCCGCCUAGCCUCACCUAGCCCCACCCUGCCUAGCCCCACCCCGCCUAGCCUCACCUAGCCCCACCCUGCCUAGCCCCACCCCGCCUAGCCUCACCUAGCCCCACCCUGCCUAGCCCCUCCAGGCUCAGUCUGCUCUGCACCACAGGCCCCAUCUGUACACUAUGCAACUCUCUGGAUAUGUCCAAAAUAGCACCCUAUUCCCUAUGUAGUGCACUACUUCUGACCAGCACUACAUAGGGAGUAGGGAGCCAUUCGGAAUAGAACCAAUGUUCACAAUACACAAGAAGAACUUUAUUUAUUGAACAUAGUUUUCUAACUUUAACUUGACUACCUUUCUGUUCAUAUGGAUAUGGAACGAGAAACAAAAUCAUGGAUUUGAGGAUAUUUUAAAAAUAUUUAAUGUUUUAUUUUAUCACUGUUGGUUGCUCACAACUACUACAAUAUUUCUCAUAACGUUUAGAACAAUAAUACAAGUGUAUUUAUUCUGAAAGGAGAUGUGAAGAGGGCUUGCUUUGUGACGAUACCUCAGUGUGUUAAAACUCUUUCUCAGUUUACAUUGCAUACAAUACUUCAUCUCCUGGCCUCCUGUGUCCCAAAUGGCACCCUAUUCCUUAUAUAGUGCACUACUUUCACCGGAGCCUUAUCAGCCCUGGUCAAAAGUAGUGCACAACAUAGAGAAUAGGGUGCCAUUUGGGACGCACACAGGUCUCACAUCAUCUCUGAACCCUCCAUGUAGAAUAACAGCCAUGUUCUCUCUUUAAGGCAGACUAAGGGCUGAGAGAGAGGUGGUAAUAUCACAUCUGUGAUAUAAAGGUCUUUGUUGCUGUUUCUUGGAUGAGACCAUAAUGUAGGCUAAUACAAUGUUACGCAGCUUUCUGUGUUACCAGAUUGUGAAUGGUUUCAUUAAAGGCUGACUCAGCGAGAUGUCGUUGCACAAAGUUAACACGUAGUGGAUCCAUUUCCUCCACAACUAGGGAGCGUUGAAGCGCGAGGUUAAACUACUCAAAUCAAAUCAGAUCAAAUCAGAUUUGAUUUGUAACAUACACAUGGUUAGCAGAUGUUAGUGCGAGUGUAGCGAAAUGCUUGUGCUUCUAGUUCCGACAAUGCAGUAAUAACCAACAAGUAAUCUAGCUAACAAUUCCAAAACUACUACCUUAUAGACACAAGUGUAAGGGGAUAAAGAAUAUGUACAUAAAGAUAUAUGAAUGAGUGAUGGUACAGAGCGGCAUAGGCAAGAUACAGUAGAUACAUAUGAGAUGAGUAAUGUAGGGUAUGUAAACAAAGUGGCAUAGUUAAAGUGGCUAGUGUUACAUGUAUUACAUAAAGAUGCAGUAGAUGAUAUAGAGUACAGUAUAUACGUAUACAUAUGAGGUGAAUAAUGCAGGGUAUGUAAACAUUAUAUUAGGUAGCAUUGUUUAAAGUGGCUAGUGAUAUAUUUUACAUCAUUUCCCAUUAUUAAAGUGGCUGGAGUUGAGUCAGUGUGUUUCCAGCAGCCACUCAAUGUUAGUGGUGGCUGUUUAACAGUCUGAUGGCCUUGUUUUUCAGUCUCUCGGUCCCAGCUUUGAUGCACCUGUACUGACCUCGCCUUCUGGAUGAUACAGCCCGACAGGAUGCUCUCGAUUGUGCAUCUGUAGAAGUUUGUGAGUGCUUUUGGUGACAAGCCGAAUUUCUUCAGCCCCCUGAGGUUGGCUGCUGCGCCUUCUUCACGAUGCUGUCUGUGUGGGUGGACCAAUUCAGUUUGUCUGUGAUAUGUACGCUGAGGAACUUAAAACUUAUUACCCUCCGCUGUUUUGGUGCUGUAGCUACCACGUUGUAGCAGCGUGAAGCGCAGGGUUAAACUACUCUGCUGUUUUGGUCCUGUAGCUACCACGUUGUAGCAGCGUGAGGUUAAACUACUCCUCUGUUUUGGUCCUGUAGCUACCACGUUGUAGCAGCGUGAAGUUAAACUACUCCUCUGUUUUGGUCCUGUAGCUACCACGUUGUAGCAGCGUGAGGUUAAACUACUCCUCUGUUUUGGUCCUGUAGCUACCACGUUGUAGCAGCGUGAAGUUAAACUACUCCUCUGUUUUGGUCCUGUAGCUACCACGUUGUAGCAGCGUGAGGUUAAACUACUCCUCUGUUUUGGUCCUGUAGCUACCACGUUGUAGCAGCGUGAGGUUAAACUACUCCUCUGUUUUGGUCCUGUAGCUACCACGUUGUAGCAGCGUGAGGUUAAACUACUCCUCUGUUUUGGUCCUGUAGCUACCACGUUGUAGCAGCGUGAAGUUAAACUACUCCUCUGUUUUGGUCCUGUAGCUACCACGUUGUAGCAGCGUGAAGUUAAACUACUCCUCUGUUUUGGUCCUGUAGCUACCACGUUGUAGCAGCGUGAGGUUAAACUACUCCUCUGUUUUGGUCCUGUAGCUACCACGUUGUAGCAGCGUGAAGUUAAACUACUCCUCUGUUUUGGUCCUGUAGCUACCACGUUGUACCAGCGUGAGGUUAAACUACUCCUCUGUUUUGGUCCUGUAGCUACCACGUUGUAGCAGCGUGAAAGGGCACCCGACCACAUGCUUUGUGACUGUAUCUCACUCAUCUCUAUAUCUUCGUUGCAACGUCAUCUCGAGGAGUCUACUUUUAAUUCCAUGGUAUCGUCAGUGGACGGUCUCCCAGUUGGGUCAGUACUCUGUCAGUACAUGUCUGUAUGGUGCUGUGUUUUAUGUUGGAAUAAUACUUCCAUGAGACUGGACCUUGACAGCGUACUGCAUCUGAGAACCCUCCCUUUGUGAUAUUACUGAAACUUAACCAACUGCCAUAUCUACUUAAAAGUUAUAUAUUUUACAAUUUCAACAGAGCAAAACAUUGUAUUUUCAGAUGUGUCAAAUAAAUUAACUUUUUUUUUACAACUUUGUACUUAUCUCCAGGUCAUAUUUAUCAUAUCCAGAGUGUAAAAAAAAAUGUGACUUAAUUUAUUUCACAGAAGGGUACAUUUGUUUAUUUAAAGAAAUCAUAUUUCAAAGGUGUAAAUGUCUCCCAUAUUAGUCAAUAGAAACAACUAUUUGUCUUAGUUCAUUAAAUGUCAGUAGUUACAGUGCCUUUCAGGAAGCAUUCACAACCCUCAACUUUUCACACAUUUUGUUGUUACAGCCUGAAUUUGUUUUUUAUUUACAUUUAGAUUUUAUCACUGGCCAGCACAUAACACCCCAUAAUGUCAAAGUGGAAUUGUUUAUUUUUACAAAUUAACUAAAAAUUCAAAGCUGAAAUGUCUAGAGUCAAUAAGAAUUCAACCCCUUUAUGGCAAGCCUACCAAGACAGUGGCCAAGUUACAAUUUGAACUUAAAUCUAUGGCAAUACCUGAAAACGGUGGUCUAGCAAUGAUUAACAACCAAUUUGACAGAGCUUGAAGAAUUUAGAAAAUAAUGUGCAGAUGUUGCACUAUCCAGGUGUGGAAAGUGCUUAAGACUUACCCAGAAACACUCACACCUGUAAUCACUGUCAAAGGUGCUUCUACAAAAUAGUGACUCGGGUGUGAAAACUCAUGUAAAUUAUAUUUAUAUAUAUUUCAUUUUAAUACAAUUUGAAAACGUGUUUUCACUUUUAUUAUGGGGUAUUUGUGUCUAGAUGGGAGAGGGGAAAAACAUCUAUAUAAUCCAGGCUAUAACAAAACAUGUUUUCACUUUUAUUAUGGGGUAUUUGUGUCUAGAUGGGAGAGGGGAAAAGCAUCUAUAUAAUCCAGGCUAUAACAAAACGUGUUUUCACUUUUAUUAUGGGGUAUUUGUGUCUAGAUGGGUGAGGGGAAAAGCAUCUAUAUAAUCCAGGCUAUAACAAAACAUGUUUUCACUUUUAUUAUGGGGUAUUUGUGUCUAGAUGGGUGAGGGGGAAAAGCAUCUAUAUAAUCCAGGCUAUAACAAAACGUGUUUUCACUUUUAUUAUGGGGUAUUUGUGUCUAGAUGGGUGAGGGGAAAACACAUCUAUAUAAUCCAGGCUAUAACAAAACGUGUGGAAUAAGUCCAUGGGUAUAAAUACUUUCUGAAGACACUAUAACAAACAUAUUAAACACAACAUGUAAAGUUUUGGUCCCAGGUUUCAUGAGCUGAAAUAAAAGAUCCCAGAAAUGUUC